AUGUUCAAUUCAAAUGUAAAGGAAUCAGCGAAAAAUGAGCUGUACAUCACCUCAUAUCUACCAGACACUAACGUCGUGGUGACCGUCAACAAGACUCCGUUCAAGAAAGAGUUGCACAUGCAGGGUCCGAAGUCGGAGACGGUGGAUUUGCCCUCGGACACUGAAAUGCAUGGCACAGGCAAAUACUCCAAAACGGUCAUCAUCGGUUCCAACAACUACAUCAGCAUUGUUUCGUCCAAUCAGAAGAAGAAUUCAGUUGACACCACACUAGUGUACCCAGUGACGGAGUGGGGCCAACAGUAUUAUGUCUUCACUCCAUCUUCCAGAGGGUACCCGAAAGAGAUUGCUGUUUUCAGUGGCUUAGAUGCAACUUCAGUGAGUGUGGAGUUGAAAUGCGCUGUCACCUUUGAAGGUAAAGCUUAUAAGGCAGGUCAGACACUAACUGCAAGUCUGGAUGCCUCUGAGGUUCUCUACCUAGAGUCCAAUGAGGAUUGCACUGGGUCAAGAGUGGUAUCAGACAAGCCCGUAGGUGUCAUGUCAGGCCACGCUUGCGCCUGGAAGAACUCUAAAUGCCAACAUGCAUUUGAACAGCUGUUACCUGUAGAGCGUUGGGGGAAAUCCUUCAUUGUCCCACCCCUAGAGUAUCAGGUGCUCCAAGACGCUGUGCUUAUUUUUGCCUCUCAGCCCACCCAUGUCACUUACCAGUUUGGUCCCAAAUCCCACACGCUUGAGCUGAAGGCCAACGAAUGGAAAGAGAUCCCGAUGAGCAGAAAUCCUCCAUUGGUCAUCUCCGCCUCCCAGCCUGUGCAAGUCCUCUACUUCUGCAACGGUGGCAAAUUCAGUGACGGCUCCGUAUUUGACCCCUUUAUCAUGAACAUUGUUCCCACUGACAACUUCUGCGAAUCUCACACCUUGGAAGGCAUGAAAGGAUUCAGCAAUUACGCUCUUAUAGUGGCCAAGAGCAAAGAUGUUUCCGGAGUGCACUUUGAUGGCAAGCUUCCUUCCUUCAAGUGGCAGCCAGUUGCAGGGACUGAAUAUUCGUGGGCUCAUUACACCUAUGAGAAAGGACGAGGUCACCACACGCUCAUGCAUCCCAGCGCUCCCAUUGGUGUGUACAGCGUUGGCACAGUGGAUCAGAACAGCUACGGAGCUCCUGCGGCCUGUGGGCUUCUGACCUGCAUCCAUAAGGGUCAGUACCAUCCUCCUGGAAAGCCUUUCUGGGAGGACGAUGCCUGCACCAGUCUAUGCCAGUGCAACCCAUCCACAGGGCUGGUCACCUGCCAGCACGCUCAAUGCAAAGCCGAAGAGGAGUGCAAAGUUGUAGAAGAUGUGAGGACAUGCGUUGCGAAAGCCGUAGCCCCCAAAUGGACACAUCCCCACACGUACAUCACAGUCUACAUGUUGAAUUUAAAUGUUAAGGAAUCAGCGAAAAAUGAGCUGUACAUCACCUCAUAUCUACCAGACACUAACGUCGUGGUGACCGUCAACAAGACUCCGUUCAAGAAAGAGUUGCACAUGCAGGGUCCGAAGUCGGAGACGGUGGAUUUGCCCUCAGACACUGAAAUGCAUGGCACAGGCAAAUACUCCAAAACGGUCAUCAUCGGUUCCAACAACUACAUCAGCAUUGUUUCGUCCAAUCAGAAGAAGAAUACAGUUGACACCACACUAGUGUACCCAGUGACGGAGUGGGGCCAACAGUAUUAUGUCUUCACUCCAUCUUCCAGAGGGUACCCGAAAGAGAUUGCUGUUUUCAGUGGCUUAGAUGCAACUUCAGUGAGUGUGGAGUUGAAAUGCGCUGUCACCUUUGAAGGUAAAGCUUAUAAGGCAGGUCAGACACUAACUGCAAGUCUGGAUGCCUCUGAGGUUCUCUACCUAGAGUCCAAUGAGGAUUGCACUGGGUCAAGAGUGGUAUCAGACAAGCCCGUAGGUGUCAUGUCAGGCCACGCUUGUGCCUGGAAGAACUCUAAAUGCCAACAUGCAUUUGAACAGCUGUUACCUGUAGAGCGUUGGGGGAAAUCCUUCAUUGUCCCACCCCUAGAGUAUCAGGUGCUCCAAGACGCUGUGCUUAUAUUUGCCUCUCAGCCCACCCAUGUCACUUACCAGUUUGGUCCCAAAUCCCACACGCUUGAGCUGAAGGCCAACGAAUGGAAAGAGAUCCCGAUGAGCAGAAAUCCUCCAUUGGUCAUCUCCGCCUCCCAGCCUGUGCAAGUCCUCUACUUCUGCAACGGUGGCAAAUUCAGAGACGGCUCCUCAUUUGACCCCUUUAUCAUGAACAUCGUUCCCACUGACAACUUCUGCGAAUCUCACACCUUGGAAGGCAUGGAAGGAUUCAGCAAUUACGCUCUUAUAGUGGCCAAGAGCAAAGAUGUUUCAGGAGUGCACUUUGAUGGCAAGCUUCCUUCCUUCAAGUGGCAGCCAGUUGCAGGGACUGAAUAUUCGUGGGCUCAUUACACCUAUGAGAAAGGACGAGGUCACCACACGCUCAUGCAUCCCAGCGCUCCCAUUGGUGUGUACAGCGUUGGCACAGUGGAUCAGAACAGCUACGGAGCUCCUGCGGCCUGUGGGCUUCUGACCUGCAUCCACAAGGGUCAGUACCAUCCUCCUGGAAAGCCUUUCUGGGAGGACGAUGCCUGCACCAGUCUAUGCCAGUGCAACCCAUCCACAGGGCUGGUCACCUGCCAGCACGCUCAAUGCAAAGCCGAAGAGGAGUGCAAAGUAGUAGAAGAUGUGAGGACAUGCGUUGCGAAAGCCGUAGCCCCCAAAUGGACACAUCCCCACACGUACAUCACAGUCUACAUGUUGAAUUUAAAUGUUAAGGAAUCAGCGAAAAAUGAGCUGUACAUCACCUCAUAUCUACCAGACACUAACGUCGUGGUGACCGUCAACAAGACUCCGUUCAAGAAAGAGUUGCACAUGCAGGGUCCGAAGUCGGAGACGGUGGAUUUGCCCUCGGACACUGAAAUGCAUGGCACAGGCAAAUACUCCAAAACGGUCAUCAUCGGUUCCAACAACUACAUCAGCAUUGUUUCGUCCAAUCAGAAGAAGAAUACAGUUGACACCACACUAGUGUACCCAGUGACGGAGUGGGGCCAACAGUAUUAUGUCUUCACUCCAUCUUCCAGAGGGUACCCGAAAGAGAUUGCUGUUUUCAGUGGCUUAGAUGCAACUUCAGUGAGUGUGGAGUUGAAAUGCGCUGUCACCUUUGAAGGUAAAGCUUAUAAGGCAGGUCAGACACUAACUGCAAGUCUGGAUGCCUCUGAGGUUCUCUACCUAGAGUCCAAUGAGGAUUGCACUGGGUCAAGAGUGGUAUCAGACAAGCCCGUAGGUGUCAUGUCAGGCCACGCUUGUGCCUGGAAGAACUCUAAAUGCCAACAUGCAUUUGAACAGCUGUUACCUGUAGAGCGUUGGGGGAAAUCCUUCAUUGUCCCACCCCUAGAGUAUCAGGUGCUCCAAGACGCUGUGCUUAUUUUUGCCUCUCAGCCCACCCAUGUCACUUACCAGUUUGGUCCCAAAUCCCACACGCUUGAGCUGAAGGCCAACGAAUGGAAAGAGAUCCCGAUGAGCAGAAAUCCUCCAUUGGUCAUCUCCGCCUCCCAGCCUGUGCAAGUCCUCUACUUCUGCAACGGUGGCAAAUUCAGAGACGGCUCCUCAUUUGACCCCUUUAUCAUGAACAUCGUUCCCACUGACAACUUCUGCGAAUCUCACACCUUGGAAGGCAUGGAAGGAUUCAGCAAUUACGCUCUUAUAGUGGCCAAGAGCAAAGAUGUUUCAGGAGUGCACUUUGAUGGCAAGCUUCCUUCCUUCAAGUGGCAGCCAGUUGCAGGGACUGAAUAUUCGUGGGCUCAUUACACCUAUGAGAAAGGACGAGGUCACCACACGCUCAUGCAUCCCAGCGCUCCCAUUGGUGUGUACAGCGUUGGCACAGUGGAUCAGAACAGCUACGGAGCUCCUGCGGCCUGUGGGCUUCUGACCUGCAUCCACAAGGGUCAGUACCAUCCUCCUGGAAAGCCUUUCUGGGAGGACGAUGCCUGCACCAGUCUAUGCCAGUGCAACCCAUCCACAGGGCUGGUCACCUGCCAGCACGCUCAAUGCAAAGCCGAAGAGGAGUGCAAAGUAGUAGAAGAUGUGAGGACAUGCGUUGCGAAAGCCGUAGCCCCCAAAUGGACACAUCCCCACACGUACAUCACAGUCUACAUGUUGAAUUUAAAUGUUAAGGAAUCAGCGAAAAAUGAGCUGUACAUCACCUCAUAUCUACCAGACACUAACGUCGUGGUGACCGUCAACAAGACUCCGUUCAAGAAAGAGUUGCACAUGCAGGGUCCGAAGUCGGAGACGGUGGAUUUGCCCUCAGACACUGAAAUGCAUGGCACAGGCAAAUACUCCAAAACGGUCAUCAUCGGUUCCAACAACUACAUCAGCAUUGUUUCGUCCAAUCAGAAGAAGAAUACAGUUGACACCACACUAGUGUACCCAGUGACGGAGUGGGGCCAACAGUAUUAUGUCUUCACUCCAUCUUCCAGAGGGUACCCGAAAGAGAUUGCUGUUUUCAGUGGCUUAGAUGCAACUUCAGUGAGUGUGGAGUUGAAAUGCGCUGUCACCUUUGAAGGUAAAGCUUAUAAGGCAGGUCAGACACUAACUGCAAGUCUGGAUGCCUCUGAGGUUCUCUACCUAGAGUCCAAUGAGGAUUGCACUGGGUCAAGAGUGGUAUCAGACAAGCCCGUAGGUGUCAUGUCAGGCCACGCUUGUGCCUGGAAGAACUCUAAAUGCCAACAUGCAUUUGAACAGCUGUUACCUGUAGAGCGUUGGGGGAAAUCCUUCAUUGUCCCACCCCUAGAGUAUCAGGUGCUCCAAGACGCUGUGCUUAUAUUUGCCUCUCAGCCCACCCAUGUCACUUACCAGUUUGGUCCCAAAUCCCACACGCUUGAGCUGAAGGCCAACGAAUGGAAAGAGAUCCCAAUGAGCAGAAAUCCUCCAUUGGUCAUCUCCGCCUCCCAGCCUGUGCAAGUCCUCUACUUCUGCAACGGUGGCAAAUUCAGAGACGGCUCCUCAUUUGACCCCUUUAUCAUGAACAUCGUUCCCACUGACAACUUCUGCGAAUCUCACACCUUGGAAGGCAUGGAAGGAUUCAGCAAUUACGCUCUUAUAGUGGCCAAGAGCAAAGAUGUUUCAGGAGUGCACUUUGAUGGCAAGCUUCCUUCCUUCAAGUGGCAGCCAGUUGCAGGGACUGAAUAUUCGUGGGCUCAUUACACCUAUGAGAAAGGACGAGAGUGA